AUGAAGAGCAGAGCACUUUAUGAAAAUGGGGGAGGCAACUUCACGCAUUUUCACUUCCUAGUUUUUGCACGGCUGACGAAUUUCCUUCAGGUUUUGCGUCGUUUCCGCUCGGUUUGCCGAAACAAACUCGAUUAUCACACAUGCUUUCGGUUUCUCAUCUUGCAGCAGUCGGUGAUGUGGAAUGAGUUAUUCGAACACAUAUCAAGAUUACCUUAAAGAUCUUCCUAUGGAGAUUGGACGAAGGUUUUAUCCACCACCUGCUAUAAACUUGCCAACAUUACCCCUACCUCAACCACUCAAAGACGUUCAGUAUGCUUUUCUUGCUGAGAAACGCGCUCGUCAGCAAUAUGACGAAGCGAAUGCUCCUCCAGAAGCCAAGCCAGAUCCUCCGCCUCGAACUCAUGUGAAUGGUGUUGUUACUACAAAUUCUCAAACUUCUUCCUCUACGUCAUUGACCAAUGAAGUUCUCCAACCAUGUGCACCCCCUCCAGCUACCGCAUCUCAACCGAAACCACAACAAUCUGCAAUGAAAGAUGUGAAUUUCCAAGAAUUCGAAAAUCGUGGUACAGUGUUUGAUGAGCUGGAGUGGAGCACCAUCGAUGACAAAGAGGCCUUGAGUCAAAUUCUGGGCAAUGUAAGUCUGAACUCUCGUCCAGAAUCAACUUCAUCGGUGAGUUCUCUUCCUGUCGUCACCGAGGCAAGUUUGAAACCUCUGCAUUCUUUGACAAAUGGAGGCAAAUCGGCUACGCUUUCGUCUAUACCACCCUAUCCGGUUUUGGAUUUUGGAUUCUCGCGUUCGCGAUCUGAAGAGCCAGCUGUCACUCUCAGUGCAACGGGUGCCAUUGGCAGAGCUGUUUUCAGUAAACCAGUAAAUUCCGUGCCACCUCCUGUUAACCAUGUUACACAUUCUACGUCAACUCGCCAUGACUCACCUUUGCGAGUUCGUCUUCUCACCAAAGGCUAUCGAGAAAACCUAGUGAGCGUAGCGAUGGAACGACUACCCAGGGAACGGCUUCCACAUAUCGAAUAUUAUAUGAAAGGCAUGAGUAUCCUGGAAAAGAAAGGUGUCGAUGUGGCAAUGACGGUAAAAUUCCUGCUGGAUAGCAGUUUGACGGAUAAACAGGCUGUCAUCCAACGUGCGCACACAGCCGAGCAGCUGAUUGGUAUGGGAUUCACUGCUGAGCAAGUGUUCCCGGCUCUUUUGAAAAGCCAAGGAGAUCGCGUCAAAGCUUUGGAUACCCUGCUUGGAUCCCGUUGAAGUCAUUCUUCUCAGAAAUUCCUUACGAAAACUAGCUUCUGUACUCACACGGGUGCUAAACGUAGUAAAUUUAUUUGGUCAAAUUGAGGGUCAAUUCAAAUUUGUUGAAAAACUCCAAAUAUAAAGCUACAGGCUGCUUAUCAGUGCUUACAUUAUUCUUUCUUGAAAUUUCGAUGCCCUAAUUCCAGGAGCUUUUUACUUUUGCCUUUUUUGCGAUAUGAUUACGUGUCUCAAGCGUUAAUUACUCUUACAGUAAUGCCUCCAUUCUUCCAAAGUAUAGUGCCGAGUACAUGUUAUAUUGCGAUUUAGUACUUUUUCUGUCUUUUCGCUUUUCGGUAAGGUGAAACUUUCACAUUUUCUAGGUACUAGACCCUUUAGAAGAUCCUUAUCAAUCGCUUCAUCUCAAUCUCGAAGCGUUAAGGAAUUGUACUUAUUGAUUUAUUGAUUUUCUUUGCUGUGAUUUCCAUUCUUGCUUGCAGAAGAUAUCGGCUUUGUUUACGCCAU